GGACCUGUUGCAGCGGCAGCAGCAGCAGCGGGGGAGGAGGAGCCGGGGCCGGUCCAGAGGAGCUCCCGGCUCGGGGAAGCGCCGGCUCAAGGCAGCGCGGGGAGCGCGUCCCUCGCUCUGGGCCCCGCCGUGCCCCGGGUUUGCAACAAUGGUAAAGGAAGAUGUAAAUGACACUGAAGAUUCUGAACUAUCAGUAUGUGAGAGAAAUGGCAUGAUUCUCAUGCAUGAGCAAAGUGAGCAGGGACCAAGAGCAGAUGCCAAAGGUAAUGAUGGGAAUGUACAAACAGAAGAAACUGCUCUCCUGAACCACUGCACUCAGCAACCUCCAGAACCAGCAGCAGGGUCUUCAAUACCCGCAAGAUCGUGGAGGCAAAUAUUUGCUUGUCCUCCUCAGGGUUUACUGGCCCAAACAGUGACAAAUGUUGCAUUUGUGAUCCUGGUUUGGGCUGUGGUUUGGUCUAUAACUGGGGCUGAGUGUCUCCCAGGUGGAAAUCUCUUUGGAAUUCUGUUUCUUUAUUUCUUUGCUGUCAUCGGAGGUAAAAUUUUUGGAUUCAUUAAAAUACGAACACUACCCCCUCUCCCUGCUCUUCUGGGGAUGCUACUUGCUGGUUUCCUAAUCCGAAAUACCCCGUUCAUCAGUGACUUUGUCCAGAUAAACCUCCGCUGGUCUGCAGCACUGAGGAAUAUUGCUCUUUCCAUUAUCUUGACCCGAGCAGGACUCGGCCUGGAUCCAAAGGCUCUUAAGAAGCUCAAAGCUGUCUGUUUACGGCUUGCUUUCGGACCAUGCCUCUCAGAAACAGGCACAGCUGCUGUCCUUGCCUACUUGUUCCUGCAUUUGCCAUGGCAAUGGGGAUUUAUAUUGGGUUUUGUUCUAGGUGCAGUCUCCCCUGCUGUGGUGGUUCCCUCCAUGCUGAUUUUACAAGCUGGGGGAUAUGGCGUGGAGAAAGGUGUCCCAACUUUGCUAAUGGCAGCUGGCAGCAUUGAUGACAUUCUGGCUAUCACAGGCUUCAACACUUGCCUUGGGAUGGCUUUCUCCUCUGGUUCUACUUUGUACAAUGUGCUCCGUGGAGUGCUGGAGGUUGCUGUUGGCAUAGCAGCAGGGGGAAUUCUGGGAAUGUUUAUUCGAUAUUUCCCAAGCCAUGAUCAGGCAUCUUUAGCAUGGAAGAGAUCAUAUUUUGUACUUGGACUGUCUAUGUUUGCUGUUUUUGGCAGCAUCUACUUUGGCUUCCCUGGAUCAGGAGGGCUCUGCACAUUAGUCUUAGCUUUUGUUGCAGGUGUGGGAUGGUCUGAUGAAAAGAGGGAAAUAGAAAAAAUUGUGGCAGUUGCAUGGAAUAUCUUUCAACCUUUUCUUUUUGGUUUAAUUGGAGUGGAAGUAUCCAUUACAUCCCUUAGGCCUGAAACUGUUGGGCUCUGUGUUGCUAUAUUAGGCAUCGCACUAGUUGUGAGAAUCAUAGCAACGUUCCUGAUGGUGUCUUUUGCUGGGUUUCAUUUCAAAGAGAAGGUAUUUGUCUCACUGGCAUGGAUUCCCAUAGCCACUGUCCAGGCUGCAAUAGGUUCUCUUGCCCUGGAUACAGCAAGACGACAUCAAGACAAGCAACUGGAAAAGUAUGGAAUGGAUGUACUGACAGUGGCUUUCUUGGCCAUCUUGAUCACUGCUCCAAUUGGAGCCCUGGUUAUCGGCUUGGCAGGGCCCAGACUUCUGCAGAAGGCUCAGACAAAGAGCAAGGAGGAUGAGGAAGGCGCAGAGGUUGGAGAAGAGGCAGAGGCCUGUGAACCUUCAUAAGACAGACAACUACAGCAGUCUUGUCCUUCAACCCUGGCACUUUUGUUGAGUAAAGAUGGCAUGUCGCUGAUCUUGCUGGAGGAACCUAAAACUAUCAGUUACCCCUGCUAUUUUUAAAGCAGCCCUGGUGGAGUUGUAUAAAAUAUUUUUAUGUGAUGAUGGUGCCUUGAGAUGAAAUAGCUGAACGUACAGUGAAUGAGGUGACCUGGCAGUGAGUCACUGAGAAGUUAGCAGUCAAGAGUUACUUGAAAUGUGUGGGAGGUGAGGCCAGGGAGAGGGUCAGAAUUGUUGAGGCAUGGAGUAGAGUCAUGGGGUAGAAUAUAAACAGAAAAAAAUUGAGACUACGUUGAAUAACUUCUUGAUGGUUGAAACUGGGCUGUGAGAUGACAAGUUCCACAACUCAAAGAAAGCAACUUCCGAGUAAGAGAUUGCUUGAAACAUAGUGAAGAAGUCCUGCUAUAGGUUGGUGAUUCCCUCUCCUUCCUCAUUUGCGUUCCAAAACUUGCCUUUUCCUAUUAGUGUUCUUCUCACAGCUGAGGCACUCCUUUGUGCCUUCAAGGACUGCCAGCUCUGGUCGUAGCAAGGAACAACAAACAUGCUCAAAGAGACAGCUGGGGCCAUCGUAGACUGUGGUAAUAGAGAUGUUGGUGCUGACAGAAAAAAGGACGGAGCCUGAAAAUGAGAUGAGGGUUAUGAGAUGACUAUAAGGACUGGGGGAGGGUUGUAUGGGAUUGGGAUGGCUGCUUCUUCACCUGUGUACCUCAGCCUUCACACAACAUGCUGUCAAGGGAGGGAUGCUGUCCUGCAGCCAGGAGUAACCUCUGUUGAUAAAAAUCCUGCUCUUGCCUUUGAGGUUUGGUACCAUUUGACAGAUACCAGCAAAUCUGUCUGCUUCUGCUACAUUUUGUAUAAGUAACUAGCUCCAAGUAAGUUGUUGGUAACUCCAUUCUGAGGCAAGGGGUCAGUACAACAUCCCUCAGAAACUGGAAGUUACUUAGUUAUUUUUAGGAAAGGCUAUUAGAUUGUGCCUGUAUUGAAGGCGGACAAUGUACGCCUAUAGAUUUCUACACUACAGUUCACUGAACUCAUUUUACAGGAUACUGUGUAGAAUACAUUUGAUGGUGUCUAUAUUUUGGCAGUAGUAAGAACAAAUAAUUUCUGGUUUAGCUUUUAAAUUUUUACUAUCCAAAACAAAAAAUGUACAAAAAUACUUCUAAUUACUUAAAUACUUCUAAUGUUGACAGUGUACUAUUUGCAGAGAGUUAUAUGCCAUACAGAUGACCUGUAUACAGCUCAAUAUGCAUGCCUUUCUAUAAGCCUUACUCUCUAAGCAAAGCUUCCUGAGAAAUACUUAAAUUUCGUAGCCUGAAGUUUCAACACAAUGAUAAAAAUACCAGGAAAUUCUUUGGUAAGUUUUCCCUUAACAGUUGUCAAGUACAUUAUAUUUUUCUAACUGUG